CAUCUUUCUCUCCCUCUUCAUCCAUCCAUCCAUCCAUCCACCAACCAUUUCCUGAAAGGAAUUGCAAUACUAAGAUGCCCAUUUCAGCAAACAAGCUCUUGUUUGUACAGUGCUUGAUAUCAUGCGUAACGGUGGCCAUAUCAGCUGGGCAUGGCCAUUUCAGCCCUCCAAUCUUGCCGCGGUUUACGGAUCUUUUCCCCCACCUCACAUUCAACGGUUCAUAUUCUGAAUUCUUUGGAGGACCGACGAAAGUUCGUCCAUCCAAUGACGGGUCUCGUAUCGAUCUCAUUCUCGACAAAUCAUCAGGGUCUGGAUUUGUUUCAAAAGAUCAUUACUACUAUGGAUUCUUCAGUGCUGCCAUUAAGCUGCCACCAGAUUACACCGCCGGCGUCGUCGUCGCAUUCUAUAUGUCUAAUGCGGAUGUUUCUCCUCACACCCACGACGAGAUAGACUUCGAGUUGCUGGGCCAUGAAAAGAGGAAGGAGUGGGCCCUGCAAACCAACGUCUAUGGUAACGGCAGCAGCACAGGGAGGGAGGAGAAAUUCUAUCUCUGGUUUGACCCUACACAAGAGUACCAUCGAUACAGCAUCCUAUGGAAUCAACAUCACAUUGUAUUUCUAGUAGACAACAUCCCAAUCAGAGAAGUAAACCACAGCCAGGCCAUGUCAGGAGCGUAUCCUUCCAAACCGAUGGCCGUUUACUCAACGAUCUGGGAUGGAUCGAAGUGGGCCACACAUGGAGGAAAACGUCCGGUGGACUAUAAGUAUGCACCAUUCCAAGUGUCAUUCACAGAGCUUGAAAUGGACGGCUGCAAAUGGAAUCGGACAAUGCCGGUCCCUUUGUGCUCGAAGAACGGUCAAGAUGAUCAGUCGAGCUCCGAUCCGAUCACAGGAGAUGAGUUUGUCAGUCUGUCCCAGCAACAGAAGGUGGGGAUGGAGCAGGUCAGAAAGAGUUUCAUGUUCUACUCAUACUGUGAAGAUCGAGCUAGAUUUUCAGUUCUACCACCAGAAUGUAAUGAGAGGAAAUGAUGAUGAUGGACGGAUGGAUGAUAAGGAUCUCCCCUAAUGUCCUAAUUAGUGGGCACAUGGGAUUCUAUUACUUGUGGUUUACAUGUGCCAAAAUGGCAUACGAGUGAGAUCCGAGAUUCACAUGAUCAGGUGGACCCCAGCUUGUAGAUGAUUCCCUGACCUGAAAAUCAGGCUGCAGGUCAGCUGGCCACAAAUGCAUCCAAUAAAUGGAUGGUUUUAAAAAAAAAUAUUCAACCGACGGUUCAUAUUCAAAAUGUGUUGGCCUCAUUUAUGGGCCAUCACAUCUACAUGGUGGGCCCCUCCGGAAGUCGGGCUUGGGUCCCACAUAUUUGUACCACCGAGAUGGAAAUAUAGUGCAUUCUUUUCCUAAUGGAAAGAUUAAUCUGUCAAGAGAGAUCUACUGUUUUUUGAUAAUGGUUUUUCUAAAACAUGUAUUCAACCACAUUCAUAAUUGUAUGAAAGCAUUUAGAAAGAAGUUAAAGAGAA